AUGCGGGCCCCGGGCGCGCCUCUCGCCCGCACCUCGCGGCUGCUGGUUCUGCUGCUGCUCGAGGUUUCCGUCUCUCCAGCCCUCGAAUCCGCCCCUGCGCCCAGGAACGAAACUUGUCUGGGGGGGAACUGUUCACCUGCACUGAUCCGGCGUCGCGGCAGGGACGCUUGGGGACUGGGGAAUUCUGCAGGAGACCUUCCGCUAGCCCGCGCUCCCAGGGAGGAGCAGGAGGCAGCGCGACGCGCGCCGCCCGCGUGGGACCUACCGGCGGCCGCGGGCGGGGACCCAGGUGCCGGCAGGGGGGCGGAGGCGUCGGCAGAAGAGCCCUCGAGACCUCCAGCCAGGCCGCCUGGCGCCUGGAGGUGGAAAGGUGCCCGGAGUCAGGAGCCCCCCGGAACUUUGGGGAGAGAGAACCCCACGGCGCUCCAACUCUUCCUUCAGACCUCGGAGGGUAAGGAGAAGGGUCCCAGAGGCGCUGGCAUUUCUGGGCGCAGCCAGGUGCAGAGUGUGAGGACGGAACCCGGAGCCGGCGACCUUUAUUACUGGCCAAGGAGGGCCGGGAAACCCCACGGUUCCCACCACAAACCCCCGCCCAAGAAGGUCAACGGAUUGUUGGGGUACGAAGGGCGGACGAUUGCAUCGCCCGGCAGGGCCCUGGCCCAGAAUGGGUCGUCGGACGAAGGGGUGCCCGAACGCGGGGGGCCCCGCCGGGGGAACACCACCAACCGGCGCUUGCGUCUGAAAAACCCCUUCUACCCGCUGACCCAGGAGUCGUAUGGAGCCUACGCCGUUAUGUGUCUGUCUGUGGUGAUCUUCGGGACCGGCAUCAUUGGCAACCUGGCGGUGAUGUGCAUUGUGUGUCACAACUACUACAUGCGGAGCAUCUCCAACUCCCUCUUGGCCAACCUGGCUUUCUGGGACUUCCUCAUCAUCUUCUUCUGCCUUCCGCUUGUCAUCUUUCACGAGCUGACGAAGAAGUGGUUACUGGAGGAUUUCUCCUGCAAGAUUGUGCCCUAUAUAGAGGUGGCUUCUCUGGGCGUCACUACCUUCACCUUAUGCGCUCUGUGUAUAGACCGCUUCCGCGCGGCCACCAACGUACAGAUGUAUUACGAAAUGAUCGAGAACUGUUCGUCGACAACGGCCAAACUCGCUGUUAUAUGGGUGGGCGCUCUGCUGUUGGCACUCCCAGAAGUUGUUCUCCGCCAGCUGAGCAAGGAGAACUUGGGGUUCAGCGGCCGCGCGCCCGAGGAGCGCUGCGUUAUAAAGGUGUCUCCCGAUUUACCGGACACCAUCUACGUUUUGGCCCUUACUUACGACAGCGCCAGACUCUGGUGGUAUUUUGGCUGUUACUUUUGUUUGCCCACACUUUUCACCAUCACCUGCUCUUUAGUGACUGCAAGGAAAAUCCGCAAAGCAGAGAAAGCCUGUACCCGAGGCAACAAGCGGCAGAUUCAGCUGGAAAGCCAGAUGAACUGUACAGUAGUGGCUUUGACCAUUUUAUAUGGAUUUUGCAUUAUUCCUGAAAACAUCUGCAACAUCGUUACUGCGUACAUGGCUGCGGGGGUUUCCCAGCAGACAAUGGACCUUCUUAAUAUCAUCAGCCAGUUCCUUCUGUUCUUCAAGUCCUGCGUCACGCCUGUCCUCCUCUUCUGCCUCUGCAAACCCUUCAGUCGGGCCUUCCUGGAAUGUUUCUGCUGUUGCUGUGAGGAGUGCUCGCGCAAGUCCUCCGCGGCCACCAGUGACGACAAUGACGAGUACACCACGGAACUUGAGCUCUCCCCGUUCAGCACCAUCCGCCGGGAGAUGUCCACCUUCGCUUCGGUCGGGACGCACUGCUGAAGCACAGCCUGUGGUUUGGCUAGAUGCGUGCAUUUGUCUGAUUUUCAUAUCCGUGAAAAGUUUCUACUUCCUAUUUUUCCGUACCGGGGGCGGAGGGUGUGGGGGGGAAAUGCAAAAGAAGAGAGAGAUUAACUACUAUAGAGCUGAUUUUGCAAAUUAAUGUUUGUGCUUCGAAAAAAAGUUUAUAUUUAGUUAUUUAAGAAGUAUGAGAAGGCCAAUAGUUUUAGAUCAUGCUAUCUGAAUGGUGCUAAUAUUUUAUUUGGAAAAAGAUACUGCACCUUGACUUAAUUGCUAACUUUCUUUUAAAAAUAGAAUCACUGUAUGUGGAAUGUAGUCAUGUGUUUUGUAGGUUAUUUUAUGAUUGACUGUGAUUGAAAGUAUAUUGUAUAUGGUGGUAUGGGAUGACUUGUAGUUCAGAAGCAUUUGCAACGUAGCACCAAAUAAAUUACACUUUAUUCUUUAA